AUGGACGGAACCCUCAGCAACGCCAAGGGCGGUGAUGGCGUUGCCGUCUCUGGUCCUCCUCCGGCUCAAGUGACACGUCUGUCAGCCGCCCCUGUUGUCGGUGCGAGCGGCAGCAGACGCGGUAACCGCACCCGUUCCCCAGGGUUGAAUGCAAUCACUAGCCGCGUUAGCCGCAGCAACAGCCGCAGCAACAGCCGCAGCAACAGCCGCAGCAACAGCCGCAGCGGCGUCACUGUCGGCGGAGCUCAUUCCGGCGUUAAGUCUACCGGCGCCGUUGCCCCCGCGGUGGCUUCGAAGGCGUUUGACAUGAGGCGGCACAGCGGCAGUGAUGCUCCGACUUCCCCUCUGCCGCCUAGCGUCCCAUCGGCGCCGGAGGCACCACUCAAGAAGCCACGACGCGGCAUGGGUGAGGCCGUGGCAAGUAGAGACUCGUCUGCCUGCGUGUCCUCCCUCAGCGUCGGCAUCAGCAUCCCAUCGCACGCCCCGGGUGACACCCCUCCCGUGCCCACAAAGGAGGAGAAGAGCAACGAGCAAACACAACAGAGAGAGCUCUCUGGUCAGCAGUCGCCAAACUGGUGCGCCGCGCGCACGUCGCGGGUGCACCACGGCAGAAUCGGGGUCUCGGCACAGCUGCGCCGCCUUAGCGUGACGAACUGCAACAACCAUGCAAGCCUUCUUAGCGGCAGCGGUAGUCACAUCGGCUGCUCUCCUGUUCUGAGGGAGCUUGCACGUGGCAGCUUCAGCCACGCCACCGCAUCGGAUGACCAUGCUGUGAAGGAGGGCUCUGCUUGUGGACAACGCGGUGGCACCACGGCCACCUCGUCCUUGUCGUCGUCGUCAACGGCGCCGCGCAGACACAGUCUGAUGCCACAUAACACGGACGCCAAAUAUGGCGUCAGGGCUGCCCUUGUACCCACUCCACCUGCUGUCGCCGCAGUUGGGGCGUCGUCGUCGUCACCACCGCACGACAUCGGAGGUGGAGCGCGCCCGGACACUCACUCCUCGGCUUACCAUGGGAGCGACGCUGCACGGCGGCCGAGUCUCCUUGCAGGGGUGCACCCGGCACACGUGAGCAGCGGCGGCGUAGGCGGCGAGGGCAGUGGCGAGGGCGGGUGCGCUCAGCUGCCAUCCGUGAAUAGAGCGGGUCUCUCGUCUUCGCCCUUUGCGCGCUGUCCGAGCUUGGUGUCGAGCACGAACGCGGGUGGCCCCCGUGGUGGGCCGGCGAAGCGCUCUGUGGCUGGUUGCCCCUUCGCCGCGGCCCAGCCAACCCCUCGAUCACCGUCGGUAUCCUUCGCCGACACCACCACAGGCGCCAACACGACCGCCUCCUCGCCUGGCUCUCACACGGAGUCGACGAUGACUUUUGGCACCUCCGCGACGGUGAGGGCGCUCGCCUCAGCCACCGGCACCGCAGCCAUGCCGCGGUUAGACAACGCGGCUGUCAAGAAGCCGUUGAUGACUUCAGCUGUCGCGUCGCCGCACUUGAUGGUGCCGCAACGCCUUGCCCGAUUGGCUUCCGGCCUCCCCGCCAGAACGUGCUCGGCAGCGACGACGAGCAUCAUCCGCACCGCCACGAGAAACCCCAAGAACAUCUGCAAGGCAGCGCUUACUACGAGCACGACCGCCACCUCGGUAACCCCAACGAAGGGGCGGCGUUUCAAUUUGCGGCUGUCGAUGUUCCCCGCGACAGCUACCGUCGCGACCACCACCGCAGCCGACUGUCGACUCGGGAGCACGUUGCCAGACGCAACGCAUGCCAUUACAGAGUCUGCCGCCGUAGCGGUCAUGACGAGAGCCUCUGCCACUGCUCAGUACACCGUCUUGGAGCCGCUCACCUCGCCAUCCUCGUCCAAGUUCAUCGCCUCCAGUAUAACCUCGGCGAUGUCGCCCGACAAGCUUCACCCAGACCGUGACAGCGCUCAGCUCUGCCGUCGCCUGCGCGGCUCCUCAGAGCUCGUCGCGAGCAUGCCCAGUAUGCCGUCCGCCCCCGAACAUUUCUCCGGACGAACGCCGCUGGCUGAGGUUAGCACUUCGACACAAGGCUCUCAUCAGUCAUCGCCGACACAACUGUCUCGACAGAGCCAGCCGGCCGACGACGUGAGCAAGGAGGGUGGUAGCACCGUGGACAUGCCGGUCCUCACUGGCCGCGCGGCUUCCGCGCACAUUCCGGCCGCCUCGGCAGCGCCGCCGCCGCCGCUGAUGCGCAGCCCCCUCUCAAGCGCAUGCUCAUCGUCCGCGGUGAAUCCGUCCUUCGUGCGCAGGCAAGGCUCAAUGCCGCUGCUUUCAGCCUCGCAUGCCGGGGCUGCCAUGACGGAGGCCAUCGAAGACGACCACGGUGGACAACAGGCGCCCAUGAUUGCAAAGUGCGGUUCUGCCGCGUCGCCGCUGCGCAUGCCCCAUCAUCCGCGGCACGCCAGCAGCGAGGACGGCGCCGCAUCGAAAACUGAGGUGCUAGAGGUACGCGCGCGCCGCACCGCGAGCCCGCAUCUGCGGAGCACUACCAUCACAUCUAAGCUGAGUGCCAGCGGCGGUGGCGGGACGCAGUACGAAGCGCCGCUGACGCUCUCAUCACUCGACAUUGUUGGCGUUGGCGAAGACGAAGAGGGCGGAGUGGAUGUGGAUGUUGCCUUCGUUGAUGGAUCAAGCCCACUCGGGGGGAAGCCAAUGUCUGUCCCUGCCCACCACAGCAGUGGCGGCAACGACAGGGAGGACGCGCUAACGCUGACCCCGCGCCUCGGGGAGGCGGAGCGGGGGCUGCAGCAGCAGGAUGGUACCACACCUCCUCCCACUUUCUCGUCUCACGCAGCAGAGGUUCCUGCUCUGGCGGCUUGUGCUUCGUCAGCUGAUGGUGCCGAUGUGGUGGCCAGAGCCAAGGAUGCAGCAGCUGCCAAGGCGAUGCCACCAAGCAGCCGCUCCGCGGGGCCGCUUGCCGAGGUGGGGCUCGCGACAACGCUCCGCACCGUCCCAGGGCGGCCGAAGCCAGGAACCUCGGGCAGCCGCAUCGACUCACGCCUCUCCACGCCUUCUUUCGACACCUCCUUCCACGAGUCUAAGGCAGGCAGGUUCAUCUGUUCCUCGGCGCGGUCGUCUGUGCCGAUGGCGUCUUUGGUGAGCACGACGCAGCUGCAGAGCAACAGUGCCACGGCCCUUCUGCCCACGCCGGGCCUCGCGACGCCGCGGGCGCCGUCGGCGUACCCGUGCGGCACCCACUCGUCCCCCAAGACCCUUUCUUCUGCUUCUUCUUCCGCGGCGUCGUCGCUCCUGAUGCGGGGGUCUGCUGCCAAGAGCCCCGUGGCCGGCGCAUCGGGGCCUCGGCCAUCCUUGCCCCACCUUGCCGCGGCGGCGGCGGCGUCAACUCCCUCGAUCGCGAGCGAUAUCGCCCCAGUCGCGUUGCUGGCACUGGCCGAUGUUGCUUCGCGUUCACCGCGUCCUGCUUCGCUCGGGGACGGCAACAAGGUCGCACUGGCUGUCACGCAGCACCGGCGGACGCUGAACGCGUUGGCGGCUGGCACGUCGCGCAGCACGGCCGGCUCCGUGUCUAUGCGUCAGCCGUCCUCGCUCUCUCCUUUCCCAGCAGCGAGGGCGCCAGACGACGACACCACUACCUGGGUCACGCCACCUUCGGGCACUAACAGCGGGGUUGCCGUGUCUACGCAGAACCCGCCCCAGCGAGCAGAUGUAUUUCCAUCGAUGCCACCGCCGUCCUCCUUGAGCAGCACCGCCGGCGUCAGCAGCCUCGCAUCUCACGGCGUGCGUCCAACGACGACGGCGAACGCGCACAGGUUUUGUGGCUGCUCCGACGGCUCAUUGAGCGACGUCGGCGGCUCCAUACUUACUCACCGCUUCGUGCCGUCCCCGCGGCUUGUCUUCGACGCUCCCACUACCCCGAAGCCGCCCCUUCACACGGGCACGAGCGCCGCAACAGCAGCGACGGCGGGGGCGGCCGGCUCAUCUGCGGGUGUGUCCGGUGACGACGUCACAGUAGCGGUGGGGACGAGUCGCGGUCACGACGAGCCGCCCGCACACGACCGCCUCACGCUCACAGAGGACGCAAAGGGGGAUGAGAGGGCGGCGGUCGGCGGUGGUGGCAACAGCGCAGCCACUGUCUCCACGGAAGCCGGAUGCGCCGCUCAGAAUCCUGCACACACCCAGAAGACGGAGAGCUCACUGUCGAGCGGACGAGACAACAGCACCGGCGGCAGCGGUGGCGAUGGGGGCCACCACCCCAGUGCGGCGCGGUCGUUCUCUGGUCAAGCGACACCAACGCACCGUGCCGCAACGGACAACACGGUGCACCACCUUAGCGCGGCAUGCGUGAUGGAACUACCUGCAUACCGGCCCAUCGCAUGCCUCUCGGUGGAAAAGAAGAGAGAGCCGCACUGCCGCCAUCACGAUGACUCGAAGCAGCAGCAGCAGCAGAUUGAGCAGAUGACGUCCUCGCACACAGUGCAGAGCGACAGCGGCGCAGGACGGCCACGGCUCACCUCUCUCUCUUCCAUGACCGCCUCUGCGAACGGUGACCCACUCCACCUAUCGACUUCCGCGUGUUCGUCGAGCAAGGGUGUACCCGCAACGCCAUCGCAGCGCAUCGUCAUGGAUGGCGGAGGCGACUCUUCCAGGCGACUCCACAAGUCGAAGCUGCCCUCGCUGUUGACCGUCGAUCGGCUUGUGUCGUGGUUGCGCAGUACCUCGGCAAAUGGAAAGUCGUCGAUGGUGAGGUCAUCCGCAGAGGCGGACAUCGGCGCGGACGGCAGCGCCACCGAAGGGCCGGGGAACGAUGCACUGCUGCAAGCCAGCAGCACCACCGCCGUCGCCACCUUGGCCGUGAGCAGUGCGAAGGGUACCUCGCUCCGCGGCAACGCAUCCAAGACGAUGUCAUGUGCCGAUGGCUCCACCUCCACGAACUCCCCGCUGCUGGUGCGUGACGGGACGCGGGCGGGGUCAUCUAUGUGCGCCCCCUCUCUGGUGAAGCAGUGCUGCUUUGGUGACCCGCACACAACAGCCCACAUCGCGCCCACUGUGCCGAACACGGCUGUCGUUGUGACGGCGACGGCCUUAUCACUGCGGCUCUCGCAGUCUUCCACUGUGUCGGUGCAUGCGUCCAUACCUGCGGAUGUGGGCGGCACGCUCUGCGACGGCAAUGACGCCCUUUCUCGUGCGCCGCUGCGCGGCAUGGCGCUGUGUGGGUCGCUGGGUGCAAGGGGCAGCGUGUACCCGCAUGCAGUGCCUUCGCUUCCUGCGGUGUGUCAGCCGCAUAGACAGCGCGCGGCGUCCACGCUCGGCUGCGGUGGGCCCCACGCGAAGACCAUGGGGUCGUCCGAAGGGGUGCAGGUCAUUGUCAACAAGAACGCAUCGGCAGCGGAGUGCGACCGCGAGACUGACGACACCCGAGGCGCAGCCGCCGAGUUUUCGGCCUCCACCGCUGUGGCCGCGUCUCAGCUGUCAGUGGCGCAAGGGAACCACAAUCCCCGAUCGUCGUCGCGACUGCCCGUUGCCCCAUCAGCCCCCAGCGACACCGCGAAAGCAGCCGAAGCUGCUGCCGGGUGCUGCUCUGCGGCGUCCGCACCGGCAUUGACCGAAGUGCGUGGCGCUGGCGACACACAUGCCAACGGCAGAUGCGGUGGUGGCCCGUCACGACCGUUACCGUUGAGCUCAGUGAUGAUCAGCGACGGCCACAGAACCGAUGCCGCCGCCUCUCACACGCAGUCGCAGCUGCAUGGGAGCUCGAACAGCAGCUUACCGACGCUACGAUCUACCUUCUUGGGCAGCGUGCAGGGCGCGAUAAAGCGGUGGGCGAUUGCUGUGCUGCGCCGACACCGCCACUCGCGCAGCAGCGGCAGAUGCAUCGGCACAGAGAAGGACGGCGCGGGCUCUGAAGUGUCAUCGUCGUCGUCGCAAGUGUCGUCCCUCCGCGCGCGAGCCGGCGAAGGCAGGAACCACCCACCUGCCGCGUGGAAAGGGGUGGAGGUGAAGUCAGUGAGGCCGCUCUACGCUGGGCAAGGCCAACAGGCAGGCAACCUCGUCCAGAGCGGCGUCGGCGUUGCCAUGGCGAACGGUCCGGGUGCCGCACCGCUGUUGUUGCCAGCACGGCCGCUCGUGCCGGCGGCGUCUUCGCUGUCAGAGGCACCGCUGCCGGAGGUCAGGGGCAACUACACCUCCUGGAGCAGCUCAGCGACGUCACGGAGCUCCUUCAUCGGCACAGCCUCAUUGACGCCGUUGUUUUAUUCUGUGCUUGACUACGCCGCCGCCAGCGCCGAUAAUGGUGGACCGCACACAGCUGAGGUGUCCUACAGCGUGCUCGGAAGUGCGGCGAGGGCUUUUAGGCGCCGCUUCAACAGCGCGACUGCCGGUGGCGACGGCACGAAGACCGCCGAACACAAGCGGGCCUCCGACGCUACCACCACCUCUGGCUCGCUCGCGUCUCUGCGAAUCAGGCACGCCGCGUCGCCUACCAGCAGCACAGUCGUGGUACCGCCGGGGGCACGGAACUCCGUCAUCACACUGGCUGCCGCGGCGCAACGGAAAGUCUUUCGGGGAACGCCGCUGAGUAGGCGCACCUUCCGGAGCGUCCUCUCUGGCACCACUGCACCAACGCUCGAUGCCGCAGACGACACAGACGAGAUAUCACUCGCUCCGCCAAUGCCCGAUCUGCCCGCCUGUCCUGUUACUACGAAGACGGUUUCGAUGCUACAACCGGGUAGUGACCAGCUCAGCGGACGGACCUCUACUCUGCGCGUCACGGACUCGACUGCUACCUCCUUGUCGACGACAAUGACGGCGCCAUCAUCGUCUUCACUGCGCACGACCCAGCCCUCCAGCAGCUUCGGUGCCGCUGCUGCCACGGCCUUGUCCUCGCUUUCGCCAGAGCCCAAGUACACACCGACGCCGACUAACGCGGCAGGCGGCGCACAGUCGCCCGGGUCGGCGUCACGGCUUCUGGAGAGGCGGCGGAGGCACCACAGGUCAACGGGCGACCGCGAUAAUCCGUUGGGCGGCACUGCCGCCCAUCGAACCCUCAAAGCCGACAAGUACGACCAACAGCCGCACCACUCUUGCCACCUCGCUGCCGCCCGUCUGUCGCUGGAGCCGCAGCCGCAGAAUACGCGCGCGCCAGCUACGGCGAGGCGUCCGUUCAGCGGCUGCUACGGCGAAGACACGACCACCGUAGCAUCGAUGAGUAGGAGAGGUAGCGCAGCCGUCACGCUAGAGGGCUGCGGCGGCAAUACGGUUGUGGUGCUCGAUGCAGCACACGCGAGCCCUCUACACACGUCGCUGGCACCGAGCACGCGGUGCUUCGCCACUACCACGCCAACUGUCGCUGCCAAGACGUCGUGCGGGCGCCGUGGUGGCAAUCGCUGCUUCAGCGCCGGCCGCUCACCUCUGCACCCGCUCUCGGCACAUGAGCGGUGGCCUGUGCCGACCGAGAAAGCCGAGUCCGCGUCGGUGGCGCACGACAAGAUGCCGUUGCAGAGCGUGCUCGCCACCGCGGCGACGACCAGCACCAUCACCACCUCCACACCAUACUCGGUGAGCUUGACCGACACGAGCAGCGGCGGCGGCGGCUUCGAGCGUGGCGCCGCUGGCGACCCUGUCACCGCAGACGCGACAGAGAACAGAGCGUGCGGCACCCUUUCCAACAGCGCGGCUGUGCCUUCCAGCCGGCAGCGCUCGCACACGGGCAGCGUCGGCGGUGGAACGGUCAACGUCGCUGCGACGACGUCGUCGCGCGUGAUCGUGCGCCCCCUUGCGCCAUCGUCAUCUCUACCCUUCACAGACUCCGCCGGGCUGGUGCACCGAAGCAGCGGCAGUGGUGGCAGCAUCGCUGGCGGUAGAGAGGGUGCCGUGAGCCAGGCAUCCGUCAUCACAGCAACGGCUCCAUCGAUGGGUGCUGACGAAGACAGAUCUGAUGACGACGCCACAAAUGAAAACGCCGCCACUCCGCCGCCAGCGUCCACGAGGACGGCUGGUGCGAACUAUUCGCCGCCGCCGGUGCUCUCGUGUGACGCCUCGCCGGCGCUGUUUCCCCUGUCGAGUCCCUUGGCCUUUCUCCACGAUUGCCAUGAGAGCUUUACGAACGGUGGAAUCCCGGUGCUCAUGCCCGGUGACCACGAGCGGAACUCGCAAUUGAGUUCACCGAAACGACCGCGCAGCGACACAGAGGUGCCGCAGCCCGCUGCUCUGUGCAGUGCAGCUGCGCGCGGUAGUGUCUCGCGACAGCAGCAGCAGCAGCAGCAGGACCGAGUCGUGCCGGUGCCGGCGCCCCUCAACUCGCCAGCGCGACCCUCACGGGCCCCGUCAUGCGCCGGCGCGACCGCAGUUAUUCCUUCCCCACCAGCAGCAGCAUCCGAUUAA